AUGGUUUGCGACGAGGUUCAAACUGGCGUCGGCGCUACUGGUCGUUUUUGGGCACACGAACACUGGUCCGAGGGACUCGAGAAAACGGGACAAGGCGUUGGCACCGGCGCUGCGGAGCUCGCCCCAGACAUGGUGACCUUUGCGAAAAAGAUGCAGGCGAGCGGUUUCUUUUUCAAACCAGAGUUUCUGCCACCGCAAGCGUUUCGCAUCUAUUCAACUUGGAGUGGCGACCCGUUGCGUGCGCUGCAGGCAAGCGUCAUCAUUGACACCAUUGUCGCUGAUCACUUGGUUGAGCGCGUCCACAGUGUCGGGGACUACCUCAUCCAUGCGCUUGCGGACUUGAAUCACCCACUUGUGGAGCGCAUUCGUGGACGAGGAACAUUCAUUGCAUUCGAUUUACCGAGUCCAGCACAAAGAGAUCAUUUGCGUGGCGAAAUGCGAAAUCAGGGUGUUCUUGUAGGCAGCUCGGGGGGGCAAAACCGUACGCUUACGCCCCGCACUCAUCUUCGACAAGCAUCACGCGGAUAUACUCCUGGAUAUUCUGGCACGCGUUCUCAGGCACAUGCCCUGAACUGGCAAGGCAGCUGUGUUGCCUUCACGUCUGCUUCGUAA